UAUCUCCGCUGCGCGUCUCUCUCCCACCCACUCACCGUUAUAAACAUCUCCCCUCUCCCCUGCGGUCCAUCCGACUCCAGAGAUGGCUCACGGUGACGCCUUCCCGGAGGUCGUGGAGCUGAACGUCGGGGGUCAGGUGUACGUGACCCGGCUGGAGACUCUCACCGCGGUGUCCGACUCGCUGCUGUGGGCCAAGUUCACCAACAGCUCCAGCGAGGGCCUCCAGAGAGACAACAACGGCCGCUUCUUUUUUGACCGGGACGGCUUCCUCUUCCGCUUCAUCCUCGACUACCUGCGGGACUCGCAACUUUACCUCCCCGAGUCUUUCAAAGAGAAGAAGAGGCUCCAGCGGGAGGCGGACUACUUCCGGCUGCCGGAGCUGUCCAGGCGCCUGGCGGGGCUCAGCGAGCCCGGGUCAUCUGCGGAGGACAGCGGGGAGCAGGAGGAGCCCGAGUCUCCGGUCAGCUCCUCCGUCGCCGGCGCGCGCUCUUCUCCCGCCGGGCCGGACGCCGGCUACAUCACGGUCGGCUACCGGGGCAGCUACACCAUCGGCAGAGACGUGCAGGCGGACGCCAAGUUCAGGAGGGUGGCGAGGAUCACCGUCUGCAGCAAGAUUUCCUUGGCGAAGGAAGUUUUCGGGGACACCCUCAACGAGAGCAGAGACCCCGACAGACCCCCAGACAAGUACACCUCCCGCUACUACCUGAAGUACAACUUCCUGGAGCAGGCGUUCGACCGCCUGGCUGAGGCUGGGUUCCACAUGGUGGCGUGCAACUCCACCGGGACCUGCUCCAUCAACGAUCCGCCCGAGGACAAGCUGUGGACCAGCUACACCGAGUACGUCUUCUGCAGAUAGAAGGACUCCACUUUCCAUCCACUUUACUCGUGAUAAAUGUCACUCGUUUUCUUUCCUCGUGAAUAACUUUCAAGCCAAGUGUCUUGACUUUGACUUUUCUCUUGGCGCUCUGAUUUCCUCCCUCCGUCUCAUGAUUUAUGAUGCCGCUCGUCAGUUAUCUGUUAUUGAUGGUGAACCUUUUUUCCUGUAAAUUACAGUAUGCUGGAAAGAACCAAUCCGCACUUUCGAGCACCAAACCACCAUUUAUUUUGAAGCAGUGGAAAAACUUUUUAAAGUUUUUGUUGUGAAAGUGCCACUUUUUUUUUUAGUUAAUUCUUGAAAAGAAGGUUGCAACUUAUUCAUCAGUCAAGUCAAGUUUUUCCUCUUUCAAAUUUCUUAUUGAAUCAUUCAUUUUCCAUAGAAAUGUGUGCGGACGCUUGUGUGUCAGCAUUGUUGAUUUGUGUGUAAAAGGUAAGCUCUCUGAAACAACGUGUCCCUCCUAUAUAAGGACACCUGAACGCACCACAUGACGUUGACCAGUACUUUGCCCGCUGGAUGACAGCAGUGACUUCCUGCCCUAGUACUAGACAAAAAGAUGAUCGAUCAGCACAAAAUGUCAGUGGCUGAAUCUUUUCCUUUGUGUCAGAGUGACGUGCCAGUGGGCCGGUUUUGGUAAACACACAACAGUUAUUUUCAGAACCUGGCUUUUACAUUCCAGACUGCGACCAUGUAAUACUGUGGUUGUAAUCUUCUCUUACGCUGUUAUGCUGCCGUCAAUCGUAGUCACGUCAUGCAUUCAACAUUACUCUGCUCUCUCGCUCUCUCUCUGCCUUGGAAAUAAAUCGUGCCACACACUGUCAUGCAGUCUGUGUUUUCAGUGUAAUGAAGACAUCAAAUGUCCCUGUAGUAUUCAGUGGAACUGGAUCCCAUGAUACCACAAAUUCCAGGAAGUGGAAUUCUAAAUGUUUGAAAUGUCAAGGCGUAACUAAAGCGCAUGGCUGUAUACAGUCUGUAGUGUAUGUUAUUGACAUAAGAAAUCCCCCGGGAGGUCAGUAUAUUUUUAUUAGCUCAGCCACAUGGCUCACAGACAGGUAUGAAUUGUCAAGUAAAAGCAAAUGCUGGGUAACAAACGUCGCAACUGAACCAGUUUUGUUUCUUCAAAAAACAUUCAGAAAUCCAAAUUAAAGGUUU